AUGGCGGUAGCAACAGGGGCUCAACUGGCCGCCCGGACUCUGCGCGAUCUCGGCGUUACUGUGAUCUUCGGCAUCGUAGGCAUCCCCGUGGUGGAGAUUGCCGAAGAAGCCAUCAAUCUAGGGAUACGUUUUGUGGCGUUUCGCAAUGAGCAAGCCUGCAGUUAUGCUGCGAGUGUCUAUGGAUAUAUGACAGGACGACCGGGAAUUGGAAAUUCCUCUGCGAACAACCUUCCGCUUCUGGUUCUCGCUGGAUCGGUCGAGACCACCGCCAUCACCAAGGGCGCUUUCCAGGAGAUGGAUGCCGUCUCGUUCCUCACUCCCCACACCAAAUUUGCAGUGCGCUCAUCGUCACUGGACUUCAUCUCGGGUGCCAUCAAGAAUGCAUACCGGACCUGUUGGUAUGGUCGCCCUGGACCAACCUUUGUGGAUUUACCUGCCGAUAUUAUCCAGGGAAAAUCCACCCCUGGAUUCCGCCUGCCAGCGCCGGAAACCAUGCUGGUCCCUGCCCCGCCCAAGACGAGUGGGGAUCCAGCAUUGAUCCAGAAGGCUGCCAAGCUGCUGCGGACGGCUCGCUCACCGUUGUUGAUCGUCGGUAAAGGCGCUGCGUAUGCGAGGGCCGAAUCAGGCAUCGGCCGAUUUGUGGAGCAGACGCAGAUUCCUUUCCUGCCGACCCCGAUGGGAAAGGGUGUUGUGCCUGAUUCACAUCCGCUGAAUGCAUCCAGCGCUCGUAGUGCAGCACUCAAACACGCAGACGUGGUGUUAGUCCUGGGCGCUCGGCUAAACUGGAUCCUACACUUUGGAGAACCACCAAAAUGGUCUCCCAAGGCUAAAAUCAUUCAGGUGGAUAUCUGUGCCGAGGAAAUUGGACGGAACGCGGGUACAGCGGAACUCGGCAUCAUCGGGGAUAUUGGACUGGUCGUGGAUCAGAUAUUGACAUCGUUGUCCAACUGGCGAUAUGCUCCUUCUCCCGUGGAGGGACGGUUUCCAUCCCUUCUGGCUGAAUCAACCGCGAAGAACGAAGCAAAAGUGCAGAAGGCAGCUCUUCUUCCCACCCCCGCAGACUCUCCGUUGACGUAUCAACGGGCUUUUGAAAUCAUAAAGAGGACUCUCAAUUCACUGAGCCCGCCUGACGAAGGGAAUAUUGUAUAUGUCUCUGAGGGUGCUAAUACGAUGGACAUAUCCCGCUCGGCAUUUCCUCUGAACCAUCCCCGCCAGCGUCUUGAUGCCGGUACCUAUGCUACCAUGGGCGUGGGAAUGGGGUACAUCGUGGCCGCCCACGAGGCAUACAAUGCUGUGCAAGGGUCUUCGAAGCCCAAAAAGAUCGUCGCCCUGGAGGGAGACAGUGCGUUUGGAUUCAGUGCCAUGGAAGUAGAGACCAUGGCACGAUACCGCAUUCCAGCCCUGAUCUUUGUGAUGAACAACUCGGGCAUCUACCACGGGGACAGUCCGAAUGAAAACGCAUGGAAGACCUUGCAGGACCAGACCGUGUUCAAUGAUACAAAGUCGGACGAUGGCAAAAAGGGUCUGCGUUCUACCAGUCUUCUUUACGAAAUGCGCUAUGAAAUGUUAGCGCAGAUGUGCGGUGGCAAGGGAUAUUUCGUCCGGAGCGAGCAGGAGCUGGAGAAUGCGACUCGACAAGGAUUCCUCAGUGAUACGGUAACCGUGGUCAAUGUCAUUGUUGAACCUGGCAUUGGCAAGAAGAUUGGAUUUGCAUGGCAGGGAAAUGUCCCGGAGAGUCAAGCUAAGUUAUAG